AUGGAUAUCACUAAUCUCUUGGUCACCAGCAACGCCGUCAAACUGGAUGGCGUCAGUUUCUUCUCCGGCAAACCAAACUACUUCUUUACUCGUCGUUUGUCACAGACGCCUCGUAGAGUCCAAACUUGUUGUUGUUAUCGUGAGUCGUCGUUAAAAGCUGUGACGCCGUUUAUGAUGUCUGAGACAGAAGCAAAGAGUGACGGUGACGGAAUUGGAAUUUUCCGUUUCUUAAAAGGCAAGAGCUAUUUGGUUACCGGUGCAACAGGGUUUCUUGCUAAAGUGUUGAUUGAGAAAUUGUUGAGGGCAAGUCCUGAGAUCGGGAAGAUCUUUGUUCUGAUGAAAGCCAAAGAUCAAGAAUCAGCCAACAAGAGACUCUAUGAUGAGAUCAUAAGCUCGGAUCUGUUUAAGCUUCUGAAGAAAAAGCACGGGAGCUCUUACGAAGCCUUCAUGAAGAGCAAGUUGAUUCCAGUAAUUGGAGAUAUUGGAGAAGACAAUCUCGGGACUGAAUCUGAAAUAGCAGACAAAAUUAGUGAGGAGAUUGAUGUCAUUAUAAGUUGUGCUGGUCGGACAACAUUUGACGACAGAUACGACUCUGCUUUGAACGUCAAUGCCCUUGGACCUGGUCGUCUUUUGAGCUUCGGCAAGGACUGCAAGAAACUGAAACUUUUUCUCCAUUUUUCAACUGCUUACGUGACUGGUAAGAAAGAGGGAACUGUACUGGAGACUCCUCUCUGCAUUGGAGAAAACAUAACUUCUGACUUGAACAUAGAAACCGAGAUGAAACUAGCUUCAGAAGCUGUAAGAAAGUUCCAUGGCAGUGAAGAAACCAAGAAACUGAAAGAACUUGGUAUCGAAAGAGCUCAAAGCUAUGGAUGGGAAAACGCUUACACAUUCACAAAAGCCAUGGGUGAGUCUGUAAUUAACAGCAAGCGUGGAGAUUUACCAGUAGUGAUCAUUAGGCCAAGUAUUAUCGAAAGCUCUUACACAGAGCCUUUCCCUGGCUGGCUCCAAGGAAUAAGGAUGAGUGCUCCAUUAAUCUUGGCCUAUGGAAAAGACCAGAUUUCUGACCUGUGGGGAGAUUAUAAAUCUUUUUGUGAUAUUAUACCUGUUGAUAUGGUUGCGAACGCGGCAAUAGCAGCCAUGGCAAAGCACGGUUAUGGUAAUGUCACAGAGCUCAAAGUUUACACUGUCGCUUCUUCUUCUCAUGCGAAUCCCCUGCGAGCUGGCGAGUUGAUGGACUUCUGUCAUCAACAUCUGUGUGACUCUCCAUUUACAGACACAGUGAAAGACUUAGAGCGUAUGAAAUUCCACAGUUCCUUAGAGGAUUUCACCUCCUCUGUAUCCAACAUAAUAGCAAAACAAGAAGGAGAGAUGGGCAUCGGAAGAGGAGAGUCACAUAGAACACUGAGCAUGAAGGGGAAGAGGAAGCUGAAGUAUUUACUGUCCCUAGCAAAAACAUAUCAGCCUUACACCUUCUUUCAAGCACGGUUUGACGACACCAAUACAAGAACUCUGAUACAGGAGCUAUCAAUGGAAGAGAGAAAGAUUUUUGACUUUGAUAGCAGAUGCAUUGACUGGGAGCAUUACAUUGUCAAUGUUCAUCUUCCAGCUGUGACACCGUUUACUAUGCCCGAGAGAGAAACAAAGAAUGACGGUGACGGGAUCGGAAUCCUCCGUUUCUUAAAAGGGAAGAGCUAUUUUGUUACCGGCGCAACAGGGUUUCUUGGUAAAGUGUUGAUUGAGAAAAUGUUGAGGGAAAGUCCUCAGAUUGGGAAGAUAUUUGUUCUGAUGAAAGCUAAAGAUCAAGAAUCAGCCAACAAGAGACUCUAUGAUGAGUUAUAUCUGUUCAAGCUUCUUAAGCAAAUGCAUGGAAGCUCUUACGAAGCCUUCAUGAAGAGCAAGUUGAUCCCAGUGGUCGGAGACAUUGGAGAAGACAAUCUUGGGAUUGAAUCCGAAAUAGCAGCCAAGAUUAGUGAUGAGGUUGAUGUCAUUAUAAGCUGUGCUGGCCGUACAACAUUUGAUGACAGAUACGACUCUGCUUUAAAUGUCAACGCUCUUGGACCUGGUCGGCUCUUGACCUUUGGCAAGAACUGCAAGAAACUGAAACUUUUUCUCCAUUUUUCAACUGCUUAUGUGACUGGCAAGAAAGAAGGGACUGUACUUGAGACUCCUCUCUGCAUUGGAGAAAACAUAACUUCUGACUUGAACAUAGAAACCGAGCUCAAACUAGCUUCAGAAGCUGUAAGAAAAUUCCAUGGCAGUGAAGAAAUCAAGAAAAUGAUUGAACUUGGUAUCGAAAGAGCUCAACACUACGGAUGGGAAAACGCUUACACAUUCACAAAAGCCAUGGGUGAGUCUGUAAUUCACAACCAGCGUGGAGAUUUGCCAGUAGUGAUCAUAAGGCCAAGUUGUAUAGAAAGCUCCUACAAGGAGCCUUUCCCUGGCUGGCUCCUAGGAUUAAGGAUGACUGCUCCAUUUAUCUUGGCCUAUGCAGAAGACCUCAUUUCUGACUUGUGGGGAGAUGAUCAAACUUUUUGUGACAUUAUACCUGUUGAUAUGGUUGCAAACGCGGCAAUAGCAGCCAUGGCAAAGCACGGUUGUGGUAAUGUCCCAGGGCUCAAAGUUUACACUGUCGCUUCUUCUUCUCAUGCGAAUUUCCUGCGAGUUGGCGAGUAUAUGGACCUCUGUCAUCAGCAUCUGCGUGACUCUCCAUUGACAGACACAGUGAAAGACUUCAAGCGUAUAAAAUUCCACAGUUCCUUAGAGGAUUUCACCUCCUCUGUAUCCAACAAAAUAGCAAAACAAGAAAGAGAGAUGAGCACCGGAAGAGGAGAGUCACAUACCACACUGAGCAUGAAGGGGAAGAGGAAGCUAAACUAUUUUGUGUCCCUAGCAAGAACAUACAAGCCUUACGCCUUUUUUCACACACGGUUCGACGACACCAAUACAAGGAGUCUGAUUCAGGAGCUGUCAAUGGAAGAGAGAAAGAUGUUUGACUUUGAUUGCAGAUGCAUUGACUGGGAGCAUUACAUUGUCAACGUUCAUCUUCCUGCUAAAAUGUCUGUCACUAAUCUCUUAGCUACCAGUAAUGCCGUCAAGUUUGAUACCGUCAGUUUCUUCUCCGGCAAACCAAGCUACUUCUUGACUCGUCGUUUGUCACAGACGCCUCGUAGAGUCCAAACUUGUCGUAGUUAUCGUGAUUCGUCGUUAAAAGCUGUGACGCCGUUUAUGAUGCCUGAGACAGAAGCAAAGAGUGACGGUGACGGGAUUGGAAUCCUCCGUUUUUUAAAAGGGAAGAGCUAUUUGGUUACCGGUGCGACAGGGUUUCUUGCUAAAGUGUUGAUUGAAAAAAUGUUGAGGGAAAGUCCUCAGAGUGGGAAGAUAUUUGUUCUGAUGAAAGCCAAAAAUCAAGAAUCAGCCAACAAGAGACUUUAUGAUGAGAUCAUAAGCUCGGAUCUGUUCAAGCUUCUGAAGCAAAUGCACGGGAGCUCUUACGAAGCCUUCAUGAAGAGCAAGUUGAUUCCAGUAAUCGGAGACAUUGGAGAAGACAAUCUCGGGAUCGAAUCUGAAAUAGCAGUCAAGAUUAGUGAUGAGAUUGAUGUCAUUAUAAGCUGUGCUGGUCGCACAACAUUUGACGACAGAUACGACUCUGCUUUGAACGUCAAUGCUCUUGGACCUGGUCGUCUCUUGAGCUUCGGCAAGGACUGCAGGAAACUGAAACUUUUUCUCCAUUUUUCAACUGCUUACGUGACUGGUAAGAAAGAGGGAACAGUACUAGAGACUCCUCUCUGCAUUGGUGAAAACAUAACAUCUGACUUGAACAUCGAAUCAGAGCUCAAACUAGCAUCAGAAGCUGUGAGAAAUUUCCAUGACAGUGAAGAAAUCAAGAGAAUGAGUGAACUUGGUAUCGAAAGAGCUCAACACUAUGGAUGGGAAAACGCUUACACAUUCACAAAAGCCAUGGGUGAAUCUGUAAUUCACAACCAGCGUGGAGAUUUGCCAGUAGUGAUCAUAAGGCCAAGUAUUAUAGAAAGCUCCUACACAGAGCCUUUCCCUGGCUGGCUCCAAGGAAUAAGGAUGACUGCUCCAUUUAUCUUGGCCUAUGGAAAAGACCUCAUUUCUGACUUGUGGGCAGAUUAUCAAUCUUUUUGUGACAUUAUACCUGUUGAUAUGGUUGCAAACGCGGCAAUAGCAGCCAUGGCUAAGCACGGCGGUGGUAAUGUCCCAGGGCUCAAAGUUUACACUCUCACUUCUUCUUCUCAUGCGAAUCCCCUGCGAGCUGGCGAGUUUAUGGACUUCUGUUAUCAGCAUCUGUGUGACUCUCCAUUGACUGACACAAAGCUAGACUUAGAGCGUAUAAAAUUCCACAGUUCCUUAGAGGAUUUCACCUCCUCUGUAUCCAACAAAAUAGCAAAACAAGAAAGAGAGAUGAGCACCGGAAGAGGAGAAAGAGGAGAGUCACGCACCACACUGAGCACGAAGGGGAAGAGGAAGCUAAAGUAUUUCGAGUCCCUAGCAAGAACAUAUCAGCCUUACUCCUUCUUUCAAGCACGGUUCGACGACACCAAUACAAGGAGUCUGAAUCAUGAGUUGUCAAUGGAAGAGAGAAAGAUGUUUGAGUUUGAUUGCAGGUGCAUUGACUGGGAGCAUUACAUUGUCAACGUUCAUCUUCCUGGUCUCAAAAGGGAACUCUUUCGGCAAAGAUCCAGUCAAAGAGAGUGAGUUAAUAUAAGAACGGAAAAAAAGAUACUGCAUGUAGUAGUUUUAUCAAUCAACAAUUUGGUACAACCGUACAAGUGCUUGUGUUCACUUAUCUAGAGUAUGAAUUUUCGGGUUUAACAAUCAACAUUUUGCCGUUGGCCCAAAUCUUUACUUAAACAAUACUGUUGGUCCAAUGUCUUCUCUACAUACGAGCUCUGUUUUGCACGUUCUGUUUCAGUCCUUACACAUGAAGACACACCCAAAUUUUAACGGGAGUGUGUUGGAUCGCACAUGAUGUCAACUAUAUAUCUCUGCUUGCGUGAGAGAGUUGUGUUUGGAGUUGACUGCCUUUAGAGAAGCUUCCUUUCACUGCCAAGCAGCGAUUUUGAUCUGCUAGUAGCAAUGUGAAUGCAAUCCAGUAACGUGAUGUUUUCAGAAAUCCAGAUCUGAUAGCAGUCCAGAAACAUGGAAGCAAUCAAGAAAAUGAUUUUUGAAAGCUGAGAUCAUUUAUAUGGACCGAGACCGGCAACACAACAAACAAAAAAAUAAUCCUAACGGCCAAGACAGGUAACAGAUCUACAUCAAAUUAAAUUCCCCACGACCAAGACAGGUAACAACACAUGUACAUCAAGUUGUAGAAACGAGACAGGUAAAUUAAAUUUGUAUAAUGUAAACCUUGUCAUGCCAGAGACGGUUCUUUUUGUCUUCAUGUCUCUGUCUUCGUAGUUUCCUUGCAUUUUGUCUCUUCUUCACAGCAACUUGAUGUGCGCGCUAUAUAUAUAUAUAAUCGAUUGUCACACAACGACCUUCCAAAUUAAAAGCUUUCACCUUCUUUAUAUUUUUUGGUAACAAAAAAUGUCUAUCACAAAUCUCUUAGCUACCAGCAAUGCCGUGAAGUUGGAUACCGUCAGUUUCUUCUCCGGCAAACCAAACCACUUCUUGCCUCGUCGUUGGUCACAGAAGGCUCAUAGAUUCCAAACUUGUUGUUGUUAUGAUCUGUCGUUGAAAGCUGUGACGCCGUUUAUUGUGCCUGAGAGAGAAACCAAAAGUGACGGUGAGGGGAUCGGAAUCGUCCGUUUCUUAAAAGGGAAAAGCUAUUUGGUUACCGGUGCAACAGGGUUUCUUGCCAAAGUUUUGAUUGAGAAACUGUUGAGGGCAAGUCCUGAGAUUGAGAAGAUAUUCCUUCUGAUGAAAUCCAAGGAUCAAGAAUCAGCCAACAAGAGACUCUAUGACGAGAUCAUAAGCUCGGAUCUGUUUAAGCUUCUGAAGAAGAUGCAGGGGAGCUCUUACGAAGCCUUCAUGAAGAGCAAGUUGAUUCCAGUAAUCGGAGACAUUGGAGAAGACAAUCUCGGGAUCGAAUGUGAAAUAGCAGCCAAGAUUAGUGAUGAGAUUGAUGUCAUGAUAAACUCUGCUGGCCGUACAACAUUUGAAGACAGAUACGAUGCUGCCCUAAGUGCCAAUGUUGUUGGACCUGAUAGGCUCUUGAGCUUCGGAAAGAAAUGCAAGAAACUGAAACUUUUCCUCCAUGUUUCAACUGCUUACGUGACUGGUAAGAAAGAGGGAACAGUACUAGAGACUCCCCUCUGCAUCGGGAAAAACAUAACUUCUGACUUGAACAUCGAAUCAGAGCUUAAACUAGCUUCAGAAGCUGUACAAAAGUUCCAUGGCAGUGAAGAAUUCAAGAAACUGAAAGAACUUGGUAGCCAAAGAGCUCAGAGCUAUGGAUGGGAAAACGCUUACACGUUCACAAAAGCCAUGGGUGAGUCUGUAAUUAACAGCAAGCGUGGAGAUUUGCCUGUAGUGAUCAUAAGGCCUAGUUGUAUAGAAAGCUCCUACAAGGAGCCUUUCCCUGGCUGGCUUCAAGGAAUAAGGAUGACUGCUCCAUUAAUCUUGUCCAAUGGAAAAGACCAGAUUCCUGACCUGUUGGGAGAUUAUCAAUCUUCUUUGGAUGUUAUACCUGUUGAUAUGGUUGUGAACGCGACAAUAGCAGCCAUGGCAAAACAUGGUUGUGGUAAUGUCCCAGGGCUCAUAGUUUACAAUGUCACUUCAACUUCUCAUGUGAAUCCCCUGCGACUUGGCGAGUGGUUGGACUUCUCUCACCAACAUCUGUGCGACUCUCCAUUGACAGAAACAACAACUCAAGACCUAGAGCGUACGAAGUUCCAUAGUUCCUUAGAGGAUUUCAUCUCCUCAGUAUCCAACACUAUAGCAAAACAAGAAAGAGAGAUGAAGAAUGGAGAAGGAGGAAGAGAGUCACAUACCACACUGAGCAUGAGGGGAAAGAGGAAGCUAAAGUAUUUUGAAUCACUAGCAAGAACAUAUCAGCCUUACUUGUUCUUUCAAGCUCGGUUUGAUGAAACCAAUACAAGAAGUCUGAUUCAGGAGUUGUCAAUGGAAGAGAGAAAGAUGUUUGAGUUCGAUGGCAGAUGCAUUGACUGGGAACAUUACAUUGUCAACGUUCAUCUUCCAGGUCUCAAAAGGGAACUCUUUCGAGAUAGAUCCAGUUAAAGAGAAAUGAUUUAAACUGGUACAAGUGCUUGUGUUCACCAAGUGUCACCUAUCUCUAUGAAUUUUCUAGUUUUAUCAGCAUUUUACUCCAGAAUGUGAAUCACCUUAUGUUAAGGGCUUUCUUAAUUAUGUGAGCGAUCGGAUUUUAUAGUUAAGCAAUUUCAUCAACGGUAUUUCAUAACUUGAUUAAAUUGAAACUUCUUUUUCAGCAAUCUAAUUCAUGUCGAAGAUCUUGUAUACGUAACCUUAAAAAUUAUAGUUAUUUUUGAUAUA